AUGAGUCCCGAUUCUCUUCACAAUAUUCUUUCGUCUCUCACGCUUGAGGAAAAGAUACGUUUCCUUUCGGGUGUUGACUGGUGGCGCACUCCAGUUAUACAAAGGGACGGGGUCUUUGUGCCCCAUAUCAAGUUUACUGAUGGGCCCAAUGGUGCCCGAGGAGAGAGCUAUGUGUCUGGCAUCAAGGCUGCAUGCUUUCCCUGCGGGACAUGUCUCGGCUCGACAUUCGACACGUCGAUCCUAGAGAGAAUUGGCGCCGCAAUAGCAAAAGAAGCAGAGACAAAGUCUGCAAAUGUCCUCCUGGGCCCAACCCUCAACGUGAUCCGUUCACCGCUGGGAGGCCGAAACUACGAGACCUAUAGCGAGGAUCCUCUCGUUCUGGGUCAUCUCGCAGCUGCCUAUGUCCGCGGAUGCCAGUCGACGGGCCGUGUCGCGGCGACUCCAAAGCACUUUGUGGCGAAUGACGCAGAGAAUCAGCGGACGACAUUGAGCGUCGAAGUUGAGGAGCAGGCUUUGAGAGAGAUUUACCUGAAGCCAUUCCAGCUUGUCCUAAAACUCUCAGACCCUUGGUGCAUCAUGUCAAGCUACAAUAGGGUUCAGGGAACCUACGUCGCUGACAGUGACGAGCUCAUCAACGGUGUCUUGAGAGAUGAAUGGGGCUUCCAAGGACCCGUCAUCUCGGACUGGAUGGGAACUUACUCCGUCGCACCCGGCAUCAACGCUGGCGUCGACAUUGAGAUGCCCGGUCCACCGAAAUGGCGCACCCCAGAUGCCGUGUCGAAGCUCGUUCAGCAGGGUAGCAUCACCGAAGAGACUAUAAACAAGAGCGUUUUACGCAUUCUCAAGUUGGCUUAUCGGCUCGGUCGAUUCGAGAAUCCCGAGGAACCCCCUGAGCGUGCGGUAGAAGACCAAGCUCGCGAUGAUCUCAUCAAAGAAGCCGCAGCAGAUGGAAUCGUCUUGCUCAAGAACGCUGGUGAUAUCUUGCCCAUAUCUAAGAGCUCAACUGUCGCAUUGAUCGGUCAGCAUGCGAGCUCUGUUGUCCUCGGAGGUGGAGGAAGUGCUCGAGUCGAUGCCUUGCAUGCCGUUACUCCAAUCGAAGGGUUUCAAAGGCUGGGCUAUGAUACCAGGACAGCAGCCGGUGUGCCAGUCUUUGGUGCUGUUCCUCAUGCAGAUCCCAGCUCCGUCUUUCCCACCGGUCAGCCGCAACACUCUGAACUUCCUGUUCGACUGGAGUGGUUCAAUGGCUCCGUGAUUGGCGAGAAUCUCGUCCACGAAGAGUUCCGCCCUCAAGCCGAGUACAUGAUCAAGGAACAGUGGCCAGAAUACCUUGACAAGAUUAGCUACUGCACGCGAAUCACGUUCGAUUUGGUGGCGCCUUCAACAGGCAACGCAAUCUUUUCAGUCAUCAGCACAGGUCGGGCGAAAUGCUACAUUGACGGCCAGUUGGUCUUUGAACGACCCCAAGAGACAAAGCUACGGCCCGAGUCUUUCUACUUCUUCAAGAAGCAGCUGGAGAGACGCUUCACUCAUAAUGUGGAAGAGGGUCGCCGUUACUCCAUCAAACUCGAGUCUUGGGCUUGCGAUCCUGAUAUCUUGGCUGGACCGCCUUUGUUUGGAAAGAUGUUUCAAGGAAGCUCCAUUCGCUUCCAUGAGGAGAUCAACCUGCAAGCCUCGUUGAAUGAUGCCAAGAAAGUGGCCUCAGAAGCCGAGUAUGCUAUUGUCUGCGUCGGAACGACCAACGAGAUUGAGUCGGAGGGCUUUGAUCGGGACACGAUGGAUCUCACACCAGAACAAUACGACUUGGUCAAGGCAGUUGCCUCUUCAAACUCCAAGACGGUGGUUGUGAACUUCUCAGGCGCACCUGUUAGUCUCUCACAGAUCGUUGAUGUUGUUCCUGGAAUUGUUCAAGCUUGGUUCCCUGGACAAGAAGCAGGAUUAUCAGUUGCAGCCGUUCUCUCUGGACAGGUGAAUCCUAGUGGUAGACUGCCACUGACAUGGCCACGAAAGCUAGAGGACGGCCCGUCGUUUGGAAACUUCCCUGCCGGUCCUGAUGACAUUCUUCGAUACGAAGAGGGACUUGACGUGGGAUAUCGAUGGUACGAUCAAGCGAGCAAGCCUAAGCCUUUGUACCCAUUCGGAUUCGGACUUUCCUACACACGGUUUCAGAUUGUAAGCGUUGAGAUUCAAAAAGGACGGGCUACAUUGGGCCCCGAUGGAGAGGUCUUGGUCAAGGCUAGAGUCGCAAACGUUGGUUCUCGACAAGGCAAGGCUGUAGUCCAGUUCUACGUAUCUGGACCUCAAGAUAGCCCAAUACCCGGACUUUCGCGACCAGUGAAGGAACUACAGGCGUUCGAAAAGGUUGAGAUCGGCCCUGGAGAGACAAAGGUGGUGGAGGCGCGGCUGGAUAAGUAUAGCGUCAGCGUUUAUGACUCGGUGGCAAAACGAUGGCAUGCAGAGAAGGGGGAAUAUACGGUGCGCGUUGGCUUGUCGAGCGAUCAAGUACACACUAGAGUGUCUUUCUCAGUACCGGAAACUUUCACCUGGACAGGCAUUUAG